ACAGCUGACGAACAACCCCGUUAUCACAGCACACCCCCGAUAAGGCCAACACGGCAACACACGCAGCGUUAUCAUUCCUGCCACGGUAUGGUACGGCAGAUCAGGAGGGUAUUAAAAAGGUUACCAGCCAAGACUUCUCCUCAGUGGAAGUUCAGGCUCUUAGUGGCAGGCAGAAGGAGGGAACGAGAGGAGAGAGAGGGAGACAACUGGGGAAGUUUUGGUAGUUUUUUUGGACGCAACUGACUUAAGACAGAGGUCCCCCCCAAAAUAGUAUGGAGAUGUCUUCAACCGCGCGCUUCAGACCGGAAAACACGACCCCUUCUCCAACACCGGAUCCCCAUCGCGCCGUAACCUCGGAUGACCCUUUUCGUGACCCCGAGAGGAAGGAGAAGGUCGUAAUCUUGGGAAGCGGUGACAUGAGCCUGGCCUUGUCCCUGGCCAUGAGGAGAGCGGGGAUGCAGCCCGUGGUGGGAAGCAGGACGCCGGAGAGUGCGAGGAUUCGGCUGAGAUCAACGGGGGUCCAGGUGAAAGCCCUGACGGAGGCGCUGAAGGAGGGAGAGGUGAUCCUCGUGGCCAUCCCUGCGGAACACCACGACUCUCUCCCUCGACACCUGCUCGCCGGGAAGAUCGUGGUGGACGUCAGCAACAGACCCCCCGACAGCCCCCGCCGGCCCGAGAGCGUGGCGGAGCGCCUGCAGGAGCGCCUCCCGGAGAGCCACGUCGUCAAGGCCUUCAACACGCUGUCCGCCUUCGCCCUCCAGCAGGGGCACGUCAGGGGAAGCAAGGAGGUCCCUAUUAGCAGCGACAACGAUCGCGCCAUCCGCCUUGUGGCAGAUCUCGUGCGAAAUGUGGGUUUACAUCCCGUAGACUUCGGCGCGCUGAGGACGGCUCGUGAAAUCGAAGAAAUCCCGUUUUCUUUCUUCCGGGAAUGGAAAGUGGCCGGUUCUGUGGCUAUUCUCGUUUUCUUUUUGUUCUAUUUGCUUUUGUUCAUGAGGAGACAAAUAUGCCCGAAUCUGGACAGUACGGACUGGAAUUGGAAUCGAUUCCAGACAUUCCCGUUGAAGAAUGGAAUGCUGGCCUUCGCUCUCACAGGAACCGUCAUGCUGCUGCUCUGCUAUGUGCCAGGUACCAUAGCGGGCUACCUUCAGCUUUACAGAGGCACUAAGUACUCCGCUUUUCCCAGCUGGCUCGACAGAUGGCUUAAGUCUCGGAAACAGAUGGGCUUGCUGGCGCUCUUCAUGGGAUCCUUGCACGGUUGUAUGUCUGUCUUUACUCAAAUGGAUGAAGGAAUGGAUGAACCCGCUCUUUGGUCUCAGCAGCUCUUCAUUGCUCUUGGCAUAGUCCUACUCGGAGUCCUGGCGGUGCUCGGCGUCUCCUCGCUUCCCUCCGUCACCGCAGAACUCACCUGGAGGGAAUUCAGCUUCCUGCAGCGUUAUUUAGGGUGGCUUUCGGUCCUCCUCGUCACCGGCCACGCCUUCUUCAAGGGGUACAAGAAGUUGCUCGUACCGCGUUUCGAGUGCGCUGUUCUGGCGUCCGAAACACAGAUUAUCGUAUUCCUGUGCUUCCUCACCAUCCUGCUCAAAGUGCCCCUCCUCAUACCCUGCGUCCACUCACGACUCAUGAAGGUCCGGCGGGGGUACGAGAGGAUGCCCAACGGGUCGCCUGCCUAAUGUUUUUUUUUUUUUUUUUUUUUUUUUUUUUUUUUUUUUUUUUUUUUUUUUUUUUUUUUUUUGAGAAAGAGGGGGAUUUUUUUAUGGAAUGUUUUGAGAGAGGGAACGGCUGCCGUUUUUUGAGAAAGAGAAGGAUUUUUUUUAAUGGGAUAUUUUGAGAGAGAGGACGAUUGCCUUCUUCUUCUUCUUCUUUUCUUCUUUUUUUUUCUUUUUCUUUUUCUUUUUUUUCUUUUUCUUCUUCCUUUUCUUUUGUUAUGAGAUAUGUUGAGAGAGAGGACGAUUGCCCUUUUUUUGAGAAAGUGAAGAUUUUUUUUUAAUGGGAUAUUUUGAGAGAGGGAACGACUGCCUUUUUUUCUUUCUUUUUUUUGUGUUUAUUUCUCUCUCUCUUUAAUGAAACGAUUUCCUUCUGUUUCUGUGUUUGUUUGUUUUUUUCUCUUUUUUCUGUUUUUUUUUCUUUUCUUUUCUUUUUUUUUCUUUCUUUCUUUUUUCUUUUUUUUAGAACACGCUGAAGCCCUUGCUAAAAACGCAGAGAUGGUUCACGGAUAUUUUCUUAGAUAUAUUUUUCUUUUACUUAUAAUUAACAAACAUAACCAGUAAGGAUCUUAAACGUGAACAAUAACCUUUAUGAUAAAUAAACACGACCAGAGUCACAAUUGAAGUAAUGAACUGUAUUCUAGAGUGAUGUUACAUUUUCGUCUUAAGUGGAGGUAAGUAACAGCGGGGUUUGAUAAAUAUUAAGGUUUUAUGUGAUAGGAAUCAGUCUAACUGUAGAAGGUUAACUGUAAUCUCAAGUUAAUGUUUAAUAUUUCAUAUGAUACGAACCAGUUUGCUUAUUGAGAAUUAUAUGCAGAUUAUGUUCAGAACUAUGAAUUGUUUGUGUAAUGUAAGUUCAACAGUCUAACUAGAGAUAGUUAACUGUAGAAUCAUAGCACUGUAUUUUUUUACGCGAUAUGAAACAGUCUAACUGUAGAAAGUUAACUGUAAUCUCAAAAUGACAUCUGGCAUUUUGUAUGGCAUGAACCAGUCUGACUAUAGAGAGUUAACUGUAAGUGUGAGUGACGUAAGACUACAAAAAUUAACUGUAGAUUUAAGUACUUUAAUGUCUUUUACGUGAUAUGACACAGUCUGACUGUAGAGAGUUAACUGUAAGUAAAAUCAUAAUCAUGAUCUGUGAUAGCAGUGUAACUGUAGAUAGUUAACUGCAACUUCGAAAGCAUUUUCCGUAUAAUCUCAUAGACCAGUCUCACUACAGGAAGUGAACUGUAAUCUGAAGUCUUUAUAUAAAUUGUGCAGUCUAAAUAAACACUUUAACUGCACACAAUAUAAAAUAGGGAUCUCUUAUUAACAGUUGAGUUCGUGCAAGAGCUAACUGCUUGUACAAAAUAGUUUAAAGUUUAUUUGGUACAGUACAGGAGAAAGAUAUGUCAUUCAUAAGUUGUUGUUUUUUUGGAUAUAUGUUACCGUGUGAUAUAUAUAGGUUUGCUUUAUUAACAGCAUGUGAGCUAUAUAUAUGAUAAAAAAAUAUCUUUAACUUAACAUAUCAUGAAUACUUAUUUGUGUCAAGUAAUAUAAAUAUACUGUUUAUAUCCAUACGUAUGAAACGCUCAAACUUUUCUUCAUAAGAAAGAGACCAGUACUUAUUUGUUGUUAUAUGAUAUUAUUUUUCAAGUUAAAUCUGUAUGUCAAUUUUAUAUCAGUUAAGAACAUGAAAUUAAACCAUGUUAUUGUACUGUACAC